AUGGGCGCCGCCGCGUGGCCGCCGCCACCCCUGCCGCUGCCGGCGCGUCUCCUGCUGCUGCUGCUGCUGCUGUCGCUCCCGGCGUGGCCCGUGGGUUCCUGGGACCCGGCCGGUUACCUGCUCUACUGUCCCUGCAUGGGGCGCUUUGGGAACCAAGCAGAUCACUUCCUGGGCUCCCUGGCGUUUGCAAAGCUGCUGAACCGCACGUUGGCUGUACCUCCAUGGAUUGAGUACCAGCAUCACAAGCCUCCUUUUACCAAUCUUCACGUGUCCUAUGAAAAGUACUUCAAACUAGAGCCCCUCCAGGCCUACCAUCGGGUCAUCAGCCUAGAGGACUUCAUGCAGAAGCUGGCACCCAUCCACUGGCCCCCUGAGAAGCGGGUGGCAUACUGUUUUGAGGUGGCAGCCCAGCGAAGCCCUGAUAAGAAGACAUGCCCCAUGAAGGAAGGAAACCCCUUUGGCCCGUUCUGGGACCAGUUUCAUGUGAGUUUCAGCAAGUCGGAGCUCUUCUCAGGCAUUUCCUUCAGUGCCUCCUACAAGGAACAAUGGAUUCAGAGAUUUUCUCCAAAGGAACACCCAGUACUCGCACUGCCAGGGGCCCCAGCCCAGUUCCCCGUCCUGGAAGAGCACAGGUCACUCCACAAGUACAUGGUGUGGUCAGACGAGAUGGUGCGGGCAGGAGAGGCCCAGAUCAGUGCCCACCUCAUCCGGCCCUAUGUGGGCAUUCAUCUGCGCAUUGGCUCUGACUGGAAGAAUGCCUGCACCAUGCUGAAGGACGGGACUGCAGGCUCACACUUCAUGGCCUCCCCUCAGUGUGUGGGUUACAGCCGCAGCACAGCGACCCCCCUCACCAUGACCAUGUGCCUCCCUGACCUGAAGGAAAUCCAGCGGGCUGUGCAGCUCUGGGUGAGGGCGCUGAACGCCCAGUCCAUCUACAUUGCCACAGAUUCCGAGAGCUAUGUGCCAGAGAUCCAGCAGCUGUUCAAAGAGAAGGUGAAGGUGGUGAGCCUGAAGCCUGAGGUGGCCCAGAUUGACCUCUACAUCCUUGGCCAAGCAGACCACUUUAUUGGCAACUGUGUCUCUUCCUUCACUGCCUUUGUAAAGCGGGAGCGGGACCUGCAGGGGAGGCCAUCUUCCUUCUUUGGCAUGGACAGGCCACCUCAGCUGCGGGAUGAGUUCUGAUCCUGGCUGGAGGCCCACAGCCAGACUCGGCAGGCAGAGGUGCUCCCAGGACGGUGGUCUCUGUCUCUUCUCUCCCUCCAGAGAUGGAAGGUAGUACCAGAGACUCCUGGAAGAGGGCGAUGUUCCACCCAAGGACACGGGCCUUCCAAGCACUCCAGCCCAACGUCUUCUGGCUGUGUACUCCCUGGGAAUAUUCACUUCACAGAACAGCCCACUCUAUACUCUGGCCUGUUCUCCUCUGAGCAGCUUGCAGUGCUGAACUCUUUUCAGAGUGAUUUUUAUAGAGAGCAAUGUUUUUAUAGAUGGUUUCUUUCUUUCUUUGUUUUUUGGUGGCAUCGGAGUAAGGUUAUGACAUGGUCUCAUGUAGUUUCAAAUUUGCUGUAUAGUCCAGGCUGGCCUUGGAAUUCCUAAUCUUCCCUCCGUCCACCUCCCAGGCGCUGGGAUGUACACACUUGUGCCAAAAGGCCUAGCAGAUUUUUAUAGCUUUGAUACAAAACUUUAACUACCUGAGGACUCGCUCAGUUUUAAAACUCAGUCAAGUUCAUUACAAUAGAUAGCUAAAGUGACCUUAACUAAGUAUGGAUGAAGCCAGGGCUGGUGUAAGCCUAUUGACCACUUUUGCAGGGCUCCCCCAGUGUGGUCCUCAGACCCCUACUGCCUGGCCUUAGCCAUUGUCACCCCCUCCCAUCUGCUAAGCCAUUUCUAGGGUUUGGGAAAUGAAGGCUGUGUCGUGGACGCUGCACAUGGGAGGCUGUAGGAGUGCGCUGUGCGGGACUCUGCAGGGAGCUGUCGUGCCUCUCACACAGCGUGUUCCCAGUACGAAGCCUGCACCAUCAAGGAAGAUGAUCACGUGUUGGCUCUCUCUUAGCCCCGUCAGGCCUCAGCAUGCAUCAGGAGGGGUCAGGGCUAGUACCGGGGCAGGAUGCCCUCAAGGCUACUUUCUCCAAGGCUCUUCUCCCAGCCCGUGCCCUGUGGCUUUAGCCUCUACACCUGCUAUUCCCCAAGGAAUGUUGCCAAGGCUCUGACAGGAGCCCUCUGAAAUGGGGGCUCAGAAGCAGCCUUUGCCUGUUCUGCCAGCGCAGUGCAGGGCAGGGGCACUGCGGUCCUAGGACUUUGCCCCUCACGCUGCAGUUCUCUAGUGCUCGCUGUCUCCCGAGAGCCAGUGAGUUUCGACCACGUGAGUCUCAGCCCUGUAUCUGAAACUCGGGGAUCUUUACCCUGCCACGUACCUCCCUCAGCAUCCCUUCUGUAGUCUGUAGCUAGCCCAGAGCUCCCUGCAAGGGGCUUCUGCCUUGAGGACCUUGGAAGGAAGUAUUCUGUUGUCAGGGAUAGACUGAACCCAGGUCACACGCUGUCCACACCAAAGCUGGCAUUUGCUGCAUAGACCUCUGGUCAGCUCUGAGCAGAAGGAACUGCAGAAAGGGCUUUGGUGGCUUCCCCUUCAGGGAAAACAGUCCAGCGUUUUAAUCCUGGUGAACAUAGAGAUGGCUUAUCUGUCCCAACUUGCUCUCAGCCUCACCCAGAGGAAGGGCCACAGACAGGUGGCCUGUGUGCUAGCCACCUCCAUGGAGCUCAUCUCGGAGUUCACUUGCCACUCCCAGCCUUACGUGGGGCACACGCUGUAGAGGCUGCCGCUGUAGUGGCCAUCCAUACCAUCCUGGUGGGCACCAUGCUGCCAGAGGGGACACUGGGGCCAUCAUCAGACUCAGCCAUGCCUGUGCACAUGCACUUUACUCUUUGGCCCAGCUUCCUCCUCUGUAAAGCGGUGAUAAACUGCAGGUCGUUAAAAGGCCCAAAUCAGCUAAUGUACAUAUAUUAGAGCACAUUGUAAACUUGGAAGAGGCACACCUGUGUGGCCCUUGAUGAUGACUGUGAUUGCUUCUUGCCGUGCAUCUAGCCCAGGCCAGGCACUGUGCUGAAUGUUUUGUGGACAUUCUUCUGCUUAGUUCCCACCCCACUAAUAGCAUUACCUUUCUGUUUAUUCACAAGGAGAAUGAGUGCUCAGAGAAUCCUCCUCGUUUUCCCAAAGCUGGGGAGCCAGGCCCUCACCUCUGAAGGCAGUCCUGUUGGCCAGUGCCCUCUGCUGCCAUUGCCCCCCAGGGUGCAUCCGCCUGGGCUCCCACUGCACCUGCUGUGGGCUUGCCACUGCCAGGCUUGGGAAGAGGAGCUCACGCAAGAAAUAGUUAGCCUGGAGCUGAUGGUCACCUA